AUGGAAGGAGUAUUGCAGAUUCCCCCGGAUCGGGGAACGAUUUUGGGACGGGCUGUUUGGAAGUCUCGCUUUGUCGUUGUUGGAAGCCCCCUCAGAGAUAUUGCACAGACGAAUCCCAGUAAUUCCCAAAUAUUGUCGACGAAUCGCAUCAAGGAUGCACGCGGCCAGAGUUCCAAAAUAAAGAAUAUUCCCGCGCCGGAUGCCAUAUACCUGUCAAUAUACAAGACGAAGGAUGACUGGGAAGCCGUUCAGCAACAUUCAAUCGCCUCGAUUACGGCCUGCGAGAUCCAAAUGAUGGCCCAUCGAAAACAAGGCCCAGUUUUGCCCACGCUCAUAUUACAGGUGUCUCCCGACCCAGCUACGGAUAAGCUGCGAAAGCGAAGAUCAAGCCGUACCGCAGGGUUGACGACGACGAAAGAUUCCGGCCCUACCACCUUACACUUCAGGCCUGGGGAUGAUCUGUAUACUCUGAAUGACUGGGCGCAUUGUAUCAGGUCCUUGAUCCAGCCUGGGAUCCCGGGCACCUUGCCCAUGAGCCCGAUCACGCCUGUCACCCCUAGUUUUAUCAACCCUUUCGCCGCCAAAUCGCGGGACGCCUCCGAAUACCCGGCCCGGCCGUCUAGUGGGAACACCCGACCGCCGUUGCCGCAUAGCCAAUCCGGAAUAUCCAGAUCGAGUCGCGACCGUCCUGUGACAUUCUCGGCCGAAUCCCCUAGCUUGAGGUCAAGAAAGAGCGAUCUCUCUUCGCAUGCCAGCUCCGUGAGUGCGAUGGGCAUGGGAUAUGUAGUACCGAAUCAACAUUACACAACAGUCCUCCCGACAGAUUUCCCAGCAGAUCUCCCAUCGCCAGCAACAACGAUUGGUGAAUACCAAGGAGAGUAUAUGCUUGGCUGGACUGCUGCCCAGGGCCGCUCAUCAACCCUGAGUUCUCCUGUCAGAGGCAGAGGAAGCGUCGGCUCGCAGGGGCAACCAGCCGGCCCGAUAUCGAGCUCGCCGCCAUUGCCAAGGGAAACCAUUCUGGACAGGGCCUUCCAAUUGCGUCGCAUUCCCGGGUCGGAGCGUGAAACUCUGCCUGGCGAGGAGAAGCUCAGCUCUCUGGCAAGAUUCGAGGCGUUGAUGCGGGAGGCCGAGGAGCGGCGCAAGAAGGAGAAACAAGAUAUGGUGCUCACGUCUCCACCGAUGACAAGCCAUUGGGAGGAAGAUGAAGAUUCUGAAGGGGACGACCUCAAUGAUGAGCCUGAUGAAGAUUCAACUGAUGAUGAUGCCUUUGAAGAAGAAACUACUGGCCAAAGGACUGCGAUCGGCCCAUCUACCCAGCGUGCGCUCCACUACAUCUCAAAUCGACACAGUUCAGUAUCGCAGACUGGGAGGGCAUCCUUGAGUUUUCAUGCAGAAUCACGGGCCUACGAUGGUGGUGCAUCAAUACUGCGCCCACAUACAGCCCAUUCCAAGAUGAGACCCAUCAUGUCACCGCGGACAACCAGUCAACCCCAAGUACCUUUGUCCCCUCUUCAAAUCCCGGCUGCGGUAAGCCGGGAAGAAGACAGUCUCCGACCACAUCACGAAAAACGGCACUCCACCUCGAGUGUGAAACGCUUAAGCUUCAAUGAAUUUAGUAGACGACUUAGUAGCACCAGCAGCCUCCUGCUCGUGCAAACCAACCAGAGUAACGGUAGCAACCGAGGAAGCGGCGAGUUUGAAGCUCAACAGAGUACUCCUCGCAACGCGCGAGACCCCCGGAGCACCCCGCGGCCCUCCCAAAGAGAACAGGAAAAGUGCAAUUGGCGCGGUAGUGUUGGGGUCUUCGGAGGAGGCGAGGGCGGAUUCCUCUGA